GAGAGAGAGAGAGAGAGAGCGUGCUCUCGUGAACGCGAGCGCCUGGAUCGAUUCGGAUUUAAAGAAAAAAAAAACUCGAAGCGAGUUGGAUUUUUUUUUAACCACAGAGAGAGAGAGAGGGAGAGAGAGAAGAGAGAGAGAGAGAGAGAGAGAGCCGGCGAGGAGCAGCAGCAGGAGCCGCCAGCGGGGCGAGAAGUUUAGAACAUCGACCUUUAUAAUCACCGUUUAAAGGGAUUUUGUUUCCAGGACGAGCCGGUCGGAGUUUUAAUUUAGUGAGGAAGCUCCGCGACCUGAGCCGCGCUGUGUUGGAGGUCCCCUGUAACCUGACUUCGCCUGACGCUGCGUUCUCUGAGAGAAUUAAGGAAAUAUGGAGUGACAUGCUGCAGAUUAGUUAGCGGAUUAGCAGCUUUGAGGACAUCCACCUCUGCGUGAGCACACAUUCCCCUGUCCUGCGUCCGAAGCCCUGUUGCGCAGCCGGUCCGGCGUGCGGCCAUGGCCGACCCAGGCAUGAUGAGCCUCUUCGGGGACGAUGGGAAUCUGUUCACCGAUGGGCUCGAGGGUCUGGGGGACUGUGGCUACCCCCAAGGCCAGUCAAAUCCCAUGAGCCAGCAGAUGACCCAUGAGCACCAAGGCUACGGGCAGCUCCCCUCUUCUCUUCACCUCUCGACGCCUGCUGUCUCCGGGCAGCCCAAGCUUGGCCACCACUUUGAUCAUUUCGGUCAGUAUGAGCAACAAGGGGGCCGCAUGAUGGGAAAUGGCCCGGUCAAUGGUAUGUCUUCCCCUCACUCACGGUACCAUGGUGCCCCAGUGGCCCACAGUGGAGGACCGGGAGCCAGCGGAGGACACCACGUCUACCAAGGAGCACAAGGAGAUGGACGAGGCCAGUCGUUCCCUGAUGGCGGAGGUGCCUGGGGCACACAGGCCAUGCAAGUACCUGAACAAAGCCGACCCUCUUUCCAGCAACAGCCGGCGCAGCCACCUUCUCAUCAGCAUGGCCCUGCAGGACCACAGGGCCAUGGCCACCAAAUGGGGCCCUAUAUGGGCCACAACGAAUACAACAUGCAAGGGCACAACCAGACGCAGACUCCUCCAAGAAUGAACCACUUCCCCCAAGGCAUGCCUCAGGAGGCGAACCGUUUCAUGGGCCAUGUGGGACUAUCACAGAGCCCCGGCAUGGCAGGGUCAGCCAUGUGCCACCCGGCACAGGCACCCCAGCAACAUCAGCAGCCUGGUCAGCAGUUCCUACACAGGACGCCGCAAGGCCCUGUGCAUCCGGACUCUGUGGCCAGCCAUGGCUCACCGUUCCCUCAGAGCCCGUCGAGACAGCAGCAGCAGCAACAGCCCCAGCAGCCGCCCCAGCAAGUCAUGAGUGGAAGACCCCAUCAGAACAUAGGAUUUAACAUGAACAGCCAGCCAGUCUCAAGCAACACUGUAAACAGCUCAGGGCAGUACCCUCCCUAUCCUCCAUACGGCAACCUAAAUCAGGGAUUAGCCAACACUUCAGGGAUGAGUCCCAACAUGAGCCUUACCACCAGCAACAACAGCAGCCCCAGCGCCCCUGUGGCCCAGGUGCAGCACUACCCAGGCCCUGGGGGGAACCAGCGGUACCCCACACCCGGGACCCAGCAGGGACCAAUGCACCAGCAGCCCCUUCACGUGAACCAAAUGACCCAGCCUAUGCAUCCAGCGCAGAAUCAGCCCUCAGCCCAGCCGAAAAUGCAGCAGCAGCAGCACCUCGCCCCUCCGCCUCAGGGAUCUUAUGGCUCUCCCCCCUCCAUGUCGCCCAUGAGGAACAUGGCCACCCCUGCAGGCACCCCGCCACCCCAGCAGGGGCGCCCUCCCAGCGCAGGUCUGGGGCCAGAAGUGGGCGGAUACCCUGGUGUCCCACUCCAACCCCAGGGUCCCAUGGCCCAUCCACAGAGGGGUCCGGGGCCUAUGACCCCGGCCCAGCAGCAUCCACACCCUCAGCAGCUCCCUCAUCCACAGCAGCACCCGCACCCUCCCCCUGCACAGAUGUAUGCGGCCUUGUCGCCCAACCACAGAGGCGCGGGUGCUCAGGGAAGACAAACCAACCACGCAGAUGCACAGGCCCCGCUCACGCAGCAAGUGCCACGGCCUGGGCAGCAGCUGCAGACACCUGCGAUGCCUUUCCAGCAGGUGCGAACCCCUCCGGCUCUACCCGCAACGCAGGCGCACCUGGCAGCGCACCACCAGGGCUCUCCACCGCCUCAGCAGGGCAGCUGGGUCCCCACGCACCAGUCACCUCCACCCAGCCACCAAGUGCCUCACAUACAGCAUUCCCCAUCGGAUUCCUCUUCAGAGAUGACGGCAUCCAGCAAGACACCUGCCUCAGGCUCGAACCUCCAGCCAGGCAGUUGUGACGCACAACAGAUGGAGAGUGAGCAGAAGCCAAAAAAGAAGAAGAAGAAGAAAGCUAAGGUGAGCGAGGAAAUGGAAGGAAAGGACGAGGUCUGUAAGCUGGAUGCAGGAGGAGGCUUUGGGGGUGAUGGAGAGACUGGGCUUUGCCCCACUGACCAGUCUCCCGGUCAGAAGAAGAGCAAAAAGAGACCAAAGGAGAAGGAGGCUAAGGAACCGAAAGAGCCCAAGACUCCAAAAACACCGAAAACUCCAAAAACGCCCAAAGAACCCAAGGAACCUAAAGAGAAGAAGGUCAAGACAACCACUCCUAAGCCGAAGAGCUCCAAGAAGCCAAGUGCUAAGAAGCCUGACACGGAGAGCAGCACCAAGAAGGACGCCAAGCGCAAGAGAGAGUCCUCCAUCACUUCCGAUACAGAGAAAACGCCUCCCCCAUCACCAGAGGAAGAGGAUGAUGAUGGUGUUCAGAAAAGGCGCUCGAGCCGGCAGGUGAAAAGAAAGCGCUACACUGAGGACCUGGAGUUCAGGAUCUCUGACGAGGACGACGAUGGAGACGAUUCUCCGGGACCCAAAUCUCCCUCGACUACUUCAGAACAGACGGAGGUGCCUGAUGCAGAGGGUCCCGUUGUGGAGAAGAUUAUGGGCAUGCGUAUGGUAAAGAAACAGCUGGAGUCUGGAGAGGAAGUGGAGGUUGAGGAAUUUUACGUCAAAUUCAAGAGUUUCUCGUACCUGCACUGUCGCUGGGCGGACCUCGAGGAUCUGGAGAAGGACAAGAGAAUCCACCAGAAGGUCAAGAGGUUCAAAGCCAAGCAGGCACUCAACAACUUCCUAAACGAGAUUGACGACGAACCGUUCAACCCAGACUACGUGGAGGUGGACAGAGUUCUCGACGUGUCCGAGAGCACAGACGAAAAUGGAGAUCCGGUCACUCUGUACCUGGUGAAGUGGUGUUCGCUGCCAUAUGAGGACAGCACGUGGGAGCUGAAGGCAGACAUUGACCAGGGCAAGAUUGAGGAUUUUGAGCGAGUGAUGGCACGGGAGCCGCAGCUGAAGCGCGUGGAGCGACCUCCCGCCAGCGACUGGCAGAAAUCCGAGAGUUCCAGGGAAUAUAAAAACGGCAACGCGCUCAGGGAAUACCAGCUGGAAGGAGUCAACUGGCUGCUCUUCAACUGGUACAACACACGAAACUGUAUAUUAGCUGAUGAAAUGGGCCUGGGAAAAACUAUCCAGUCCAUCACCUUCCUCUAUGAGAUCUACCUGAAGGGUAUCCACGGCCCUUUCCUGGUGAUUGCACCUCUGUCCACCAUACCGAACUGGGAAAGGGAGUUCAGGACAUGGACUGAACUCAAUGUGGUCGUCUACCACGGCAGUCAGGCCAGCCGAAGGACCAUCCAGGCCUACGAGAUGAACUACAGAGAUGCACAGGGUCGUGUGAUAAAGGGAGCCUACAAAUUUCAUGCCAUCAUCACUACGUUCGAGAUGAUCCUGACUGACUGCCCAGAGCUUCGGAGUGUUCCAUGGCGCUGUGUGAUUAUUGAUGAGGCCCAUCGACUGAAAAACAGGAACUGCAAACUACUGGAGGGACUAAAGAUGAUGGACAUGGAACACAAGGUCCUGCUGACAGGAACGCCACUGCAGAACACGGUGGAGGAACUCUUUAGUCUCCUCAACUUUCUGGAGCCAGAACGCUUCCCUUCAGAGUCUACCUUCAUGCAGGAGUUUGGGGACCUGAAAACUGAGGAACAGGUGCAAAAACUGCAGGGCAUUCUGAAGCCCAUGAUGCUUCGACGACUGAAAGAGGAUGUGGAGAAGAAUCUGGCCCCAAAAGAGGAGACUAUUAUUGAAGUGGAGCUGACCAACGUGCAAAAGAAAUACUACCGUGCUAUUCUGGAGAAAAACUUCGCCUUCCUGUCCAAGAGUGGAGGUGGAGGAGGUGGAGGGUCCAAUGUCCCCAACCUGCUGAAUACCAUGAUGGAGUUGAGAAAAUGCUGUAAUCACCCCUACCUCAUCAACGGUGCUGAGGAGAAGAUAAUGGAGGAGUUCAGGGAGACCCACCCUGCAGACCAACCAGACUUCCACCUACAGGCCAUGAUCCAGGCUGCAGGGAAGCUGGUUCUGAUUGACAAGCUCUUGCCCAAGCUCAAAGCUGGUGGCCACCGUGUACUCAUCUUCUCCCAGAUGGUGCGCUGUCUGGACAUUCUUGAGGACUACCUCAUCCAGAGACGGUACCCAUACGAGCGUAUUGACGGCAGAGUGAGGGGAAACCUCCGGCAGGCAGCUAUUGACCGCUUCUCUCGACCCGAUUCAGACCGCUUUGUGUUCCUGCUGUGUACCCGAGCUGGAGGCCUGGGCAUUAACUUGACUGCUGCUGAUACCUGUAUCAUCUUUGACUCUGACUGGAACCCUCAGAACGACCUGCAGGCACAAGCUAGAUGCCACAGGAUCGGACAGAGCAAGGCAGUGAAGAUUUACCGCCUGAUCACCAGAAACUCUUACGAGAGGGAGAUGUUCGACAAGGCCAGUUUGAAGCUGGGGCUGGACAAAGCUGUGCUUCAGUCCAUGAGCGGAAGAGAGAAUGCUGCCAAUGGGGUUCAGCAACUCUCAAAGAAGGAGAUUGAGGACCUCCUGCGCAAAGGGGCAUAUGGUGCACUUAUGGAUGAAGAGGACGAGGGCUCUAAAUUCUGUGAAGAGGACAUUGACCAGAUCUUACAGAGACGCACACAGACAAUUACUAUUGAGUCCGAGGGGAAAGGCUCUACUUUUGCUAAGGCGAGUUUUGUGUCUUCUGGGAACAGGACAGAUAUUUCUCUGGAGGACCCAGAUUUCUGGCAGAAAUGGGCAAAGAAAGCAGAGCUGGACCUGGCCGUCAUCAAUGGCAGGAAUACCCUGGUGAUUGACACCCCUCGGGUCAGGAAGCAGACACGUCACUACAGCUCUAUGAAGGAGGACGAGAUGAUGGAGUACUCGGAGCUGGAGAGCGACUCUGAGGACAAGCCUGUUCAGAAACCACGGAGGCCCCAGGACAAAACCCAGGGGUAUCCCCGAAGCGAGUGUUUCAGAGUGGAGAAGAACCUGCUGGUCUAUGGCUGGGGUCGCUGGAGGGACAUCCUGUCCCAUGGGCGCUUCAAGCGUCCUCUGCGAGAGCGGGACGUGGAGAUCAUCUGCCGCUCACUGCUGGCCUACUGCCUGCUGCAUUACCGCGGGGACGAGAACAUCAAGAGCUUCAUCUGGGACCUCAUCGCUCCCACGGAGGAUGGCCAGAGCCGCACGCUCACCAACCACUCUGGUCUGUCUGCUCCCGUGCCCAGAGGCCGUAAAGGUAAAAAGGGCAAGCUGCCGGUGGCACAGCCCCACAAGCCCCAGGCUGACUGGCUGGCCGACUGCAACCCUGACGUAUUGCUCCAGGAGGACAGUUACAAGAGGCAUCUGAAACAUCACUGCAACAAAGUGUUGCUGCGGGUCCGCAUGCUGUACUAUCUGCGACAGGAAGUCAUUGGAGACCUGGCAGACCGGAUCCUGGAGGGAACGGAUUCAAGCGAAUUGGAUGUUUGGAUCCCACAGCCCUUGAACGCUGAAGUCCCUGCCGAUUGGUGGGACCUGGAGGCCGACAAGUCUCUCCUCAUUGGGGUCUUCAAGCAUGGCUAUGAGAAGUAUAACUCCAUGCGUGCAGACCCCACCCUGUGUUUCCUGGAGAGGGUGGGCAUGCCCGAUGCCAAAGCCAUCGCAGCCGAGCAGAGGGGAGCGGACAUGGUGGCAGAUGGUGGCGAGGGUGAGGAUGAGGACCCUGAGUACAAACCACUCCGGAUGCCCUUCAAAGAUGAGCUGGAUGACUUUACAAACUCUCCUCUUGAUGACAAAGAGGAGACUAUGGAUAUCGAGAGUGGCGAAGCCCCCAAGUCGAGUGAAAACGGUAAGGCGGGGAACUUGUACUGGCCUCCAGCCUCUGCGCUGACUGCCCGCCUGCGCCGCCUUAUCACUGCCUACCAGCGCAGCCACAAGAGGGAGCAGCUGAGGCAGGAAGCUUUGACCAAACCUGAUGGCCGGAGACGCCGCCGUCACCGUGAUGACAUACUCUCCAUGGUAACCGAAGCAGGGGCUUACGGUCAGGAUGUGGCGGCUACUGCGUUCCUGGCAGAAAGUGGGUCUUUCAUGAAGGCCUCUCCGUUCCUGCCCGAGAGCGCCGCCCUGUUGGGUGACGGUGCCGCCUACUUUAAAGAGAGACGGCAGAGAUGGACCAGGCGGGAGGAGGCUGAUUUCUACCGCGUGGUGUCUACAUUCGGAGUGGUUUACGACGUCCACCGCCAGUGCUUCGACUGGAUGCAGUUCCGUGCUUUCGCUCGUCUAGACAAGAAGACGGACGAGAGUCUGGAAAAGUACUAUUACGCCUUCGUGGCCAUGUGCAAGCGCGUGUGCCGUAUGCAAGUCAAAGGAGACCAAGAUCUAGCAGACCCCACCCUGAUAAUCGAUCCCAUCACGGAGGAAAGAGCAUCACGGACUCUGUACCGUAUCGAGUUGCUCCGACGUAUCAGAGAGCAGGUCCUGCCACAUCCACAGCUGGAGGAGCGUUUGCGUCUGUGCCAGCCAAGCCAGGAUCUCCCUGCUUGGUGGGAACCUGGCCGGCAUGACCGCGACCUUCUCCGCGGAGCCGCAAAACAUGGAGUCAGUCGCACGGACUACCACAUCCUCAACGACCCUGAGCUGGGCUUUCUGGAGGCCCACCGCAAGUUCACCCAGGGCAAAGGAGCCGAACCUGCACCUGCCUCAAACCCUCUAACUCCACUGGCUCUGGUUAAAGAGGAUGAGCUGAAGGAGGAGCAAGGAGACAGCAUGGAGGUAAAAGCGGAAACCGGAGUGGAGGUUAAAGAGGAAGUUAAGGAGGAGAACUUGGAAAAGCCUGAGCAGAAGCCUGAAGAGGAAUUGAAGCCUGUAGAGGAGGUGAAGGAUGAGCUGAAGCAGGAGGAAUCCAAAGAGGAGAAGAUGGAGGCAGAGGAACAGGGAGAGGACAAAGAAAAAGAAGACAUGAACACUGAAGAAAGCCACAGCGCUCCUGAAACAGCUAAAGUGGAGAAGGCCACUGAGCCUGAGGUUACAGACACACUCCCUGUCCCAGCUCUUGAAGAGCAGGAGCAGUCAUCUGGAGCUCCUGGCGACAGCAAAACCAGCACUGACAAAACCUUAGAAGAAGAGGAAGAGGAGAAAAUGGACGAGGAUGACAAAUCAGAAAAGUCUUCUCAGGCCGAAGCCGGGGGGUCCUCUGAGAGGAAAAACUUUGACGAGGAGAGUAAUGCCUCCUUGAGCACAGCACGGGACGAGACACGUGACUACUUCGGAGUGGACGACGUCGAAGCAUCUGCUUCUCAGAUGUUUGGUGAAAGAGCCAUGUUCUCCUUCUGGCCAAAGGACAGGGUAAUGAUCAAUCGUAUGGACAACAUCUGUGAGGCGGUCAUCAAGGGCAAGUGGCCUUCCAACAGGAGGCAGUUCUUUGACUUCCCAGGCCUGUUGCCUGGCUACAGCGCCAUGGCAACGGACAGCCCCCUGCCAAGGAGGGGCCUAGGCGAUCUCUCCAUGGUGAGCCAGACCAGCUAUAGUGGCAGUGAGGACCUCACCAUGUCACCGCAGGUCAACAAGGAUGAGGCUCUGAGUCUGUCCGUCCCGCGGCAGCGCAGACGUCGGCGGAGGAAGGUGGAGAUUGAGGCGGAACGGGCUGCCAAGCGCCGUAACCUGAUGGAGAUGGUAGCUCAGCUGAGGGAGUCGCACGCUGCUGAAGGUCAAGCUCAAGCCAUGGACCUGACCAAGGCUCUGCACAACCUGACCCCUUCAGCCUCUUCCUCUUCAUCUUCCGCCGUGUUCCCCGGAGCCAUGGCCUCUUCAGCAGCCCUGAAGGCCCAGAUGGAGCUGCUGCAGGCGGGUGGAGCGUCCAGGGCCAACGGCUCCCUGCUGGAGCCUGAACUCCCCACCCGAAGGAGGAGAGGCCGCAGGAAAAACGUGGAAGGCCUGGAGCUGCUCUUCAUGGGCAGCAAGAGGGGACAGUUGAAUGUGGAGGAUUCAGACGGGACCAAAGCUUUUGUAGAAGGGGCGCAUGUGCCAAGCCGAGCACAGAGACACAUUCCAGCUCCUGCACCGAAAGCCUCCAGUGCCAGCCUGGAGGAGAGCGGCCUUAAAGCGGAGGAUGGGACAAGCACUAAGGACCUACGGGAGUGGCUGAGACAGCACCCCACUUACACUAUGGACAUGCCUGGAUACAUACCAAAGAAUGAGGAAGUCCUCCUCUCACAGCUGGCCAAACCGAAGCAGAAGAGGCACCGCUGUCGCAACCCCAACAAAAUCGACAUCAACACGUUGACGGGAGAGGAGAGGGUCCCUGUGGUCAACAAGAGGAACGGGAGAAAGAUGGGUGGUGCUAUGGCUCCUCCAAUGAAGGAUUUGCCACGUUGGCUGGUUGAAAAUCCUGAAUUUUCCGUCUCUCCAGACUGGACUGAUAUUGUCAAACAGUCGGGUUUCCUCCCCGAGUCCAUGUUUGACCGCCUUCUGACGGGGCCGGUGGUCAGAGAAGAGGGCGUGCGGCGCAGAGGCAGACGACCCAAGUCCGAGAUUGCAAAAGCUGCGGCGGCUCAGGCAGCGGCAGCUGCCGCCGCUGCAGCCUCCACGUCCGGCGUGAACCCCUUACUGAUGAACGGUCUGUUCGGGGGCAUGGACCUGACCAGCCUGCAGAGCCUACAGAGCCUGCAGAGCCUCCAGCUGGCAGCUGGUCUCAUGGGCUUCCCCCCGGCGCUGGCCGGUGGUACGGCGGACGGCAAGCACGCGGCGGCCAUGCUACCCUUAAUGCUGCCCGGCAUGGGCGGCCUGCCCAACAUGUUCAGCCUCGGGGGGCUGUUUGGGGGCAAUCUGGCGGCGGCCACUGCGGCUACAGCAAACAACACGGCUGCUCCGGAGCAGGCAGAGUCCGAGGAGAAAACCCAGCCCAAGAAGAGCGAGGAGAGCAAAGAGGAGGCAGGAGAGGACAAGAAUAAGGAGGAGGCGGGGAAGGAAGUAGGAAAGGAGGCGGAGAAACCUGCAGAGGCGGAGUCAGCGGAGACCAACGGCGAGGCUGGUUUAGGGGCUGCUGCAGCCGCCGCCGCUGCUGCCGGUAUGUCCACCAAUCCGCUGGCCUUUAACCCUUUCCUGCUCUCCACCAUGGCCCCAGGCCUGUUCUACCCCUCCAUGUUCCUGCCCCCAGGUCUGGCGGGCUUGGGCUUGCCAGGCUUUUCUCCAGCCGCCCUGGCUGACCUCCAGAACGCCAUGUCUGGAUCUUUGGGAGCCGCCGGAGAGGAAAACAAAGAAUCCAGCAAAGAGGCCCGUCCAGAACGGGACCAGAACGCCUUAAGAGCCAGCGCCGACCCGGCCGAACAUGUUCUCGACGACAGCGACUCUGAGGAGAGCCAGAACAAGACCGCCGACUCAUCCAUGCUGGACGAGGACCUGGCCGGACCUGCCGAGGAACUGGACUCGAUGGAAGGUGGAGAAGAGGAUGAGGAGGAGGAUGAUGAGGAAGAACCUGGAGAGGAGGAUGAGGACAAAAGUGACUGACCGACCGAAUGACUGAAUUAAAUAAAACUGGCCUUCUGCCAUUUCCCUGGUGGGCUGUGGAGACGCCGUUUUAAAACUCUAUACGACAAUGUGGUUAGUCCAGUUGUUUACAAUGCCAACUCAAUAUCCCAAAACCUUUUAUGAAUUUGGUUUAGUUUUGUUGACAGGUAACAAAGGGGAACACGACAACACUGUCUCUGCAAACGCUAGUGUAGGCAGAGGAAAACACAGGCAGUAGUAGAGUUGUGGAUGUCAAAAGGGUUUGUUUUUUUGUUGUUUUUUUUUUGUUUUGUUUUUGUUUUGUUUUUCCCCACUUUUUAUCAUGUCUUUGAGCACUGGGUGGUGCUUUCUUUCUAGGAGAGGUGGAAACAUCCUGAAAUAUUAUAGGAAUUACUCGUUCCGAUAGUGCUGUGCUGCUUCUUCUGUUGAGUUUUUGUUUUUAUUUUUUCUCUCUACUGUUAAUGUAACAAUGAGUAGCAUCUCGUAAUAUUCAGUGGCGUACAACUUUGACGGCAUUAAGCAACUCUCUCUGCUGCUGAAAAACAAAAAACAAAAGGAACUUUUUUUGGUUUUCGUUGUACUGUUCUGCUGAAAGGAGAGGGAUGAAGUUCUCACAUAUCAUAGCCUACACUCUGACUGUUCAAAAGUCUCUCACACUGACAAUCUAUACGGGUGAGGGGACAUCUCGGCCUGUGGAGACAGCAAUAACGAAGGCAGCUUUUGAAUGUUCGAUUUUACUCUGACUUAGACACCGGAAAGUGUGGAAACAGGAAAA